AUGGCUUCCCGUUUGAGUGCCUUUGCUGCUCUUAACAAUUCAGACUCAGAGUCGGAGACAGAACACCAGAUUUCCUCCCCAACUGGAUUGAAGGAAACACUGAACACCAAUUCGGAAUCAUGUAGAGAUUCCAAUCCAGACAUCGAUUUUGCUGAGAGUGGUGGCAUGAAGAUAGACUUGGGCUUGAAUACAGGUACGAGGUAUGCUUUAUCAGGCAAUGACUGUGCUGAAAUUAUCACUACUUCGAACUUUUCUUUACUUCCAGGUAUCAACGUGUGUUAUUACGAUAAUCAUCAGAUUCUGGGAUUACAGACUGGGGAUCGGUUGGUGAUGAAAGGCCAAUAUCAAAUUGAAGUUCUUCACGGAUUUGCAGAAAUCGACUGCUACAUAUUAUAUCCUGGAGAAUGCAUAACAAUCAGGGCAACAAAUAUCACGUCCCUCCCCUGUGUUACUACGUCCAAUUCUCAGAAUUUGAAAGCUACGCAACCCUUCAGUAAACCAUUCUCAGCCAUAAUCAAGCUGAAAAAUGUGAAUGACAAUCUUGAUUCAUUGAGUCGUUUCUAUCCGCAUCUGAGAAACUUUUACCACACGGACAAUUCUGUUGAUGAGUCCAAGUAUAAUAAAUUCAGAUAUACAUUCACCCACAUGACCAAGCCCGAAUCUAACAACUUUGGUACUUCGAUACCAACGUCUUGGAAGUCUGCGUUUUCCAAUAUUACAGGAGAUACAAUGAAAAAUAAAGGCAACCAGACGAUUCUUAUUAUUGGUAAUAAGAACACCGGCAAAUCCUCGUUUUUGAAACUCUUAUACAACACUCUUCUCUCCCAAAGUAGUCUGCUAAAAGAAGAUAAAAUUUUUCGGAUAUUGGACAUAGAUCCCGGUCAGCCUGAAUUAUGCUUACCUGGUUGCAUUUCAUUGAGUGAAUUGAAAUCACCACUAUUAGGGACGCUGGAACCUUUCAAAUUAGCCAAGACAUCCGAGAUUGUGAAAUUUAUAGGAUUUAAUUCUCCAGAUGUUCAGCCUUUAAAUUACUUCCACCAGUUGAAUUCAUUAAUAGAGCAGAUAGAAAAACAAUCUUUUGGCAAGAAUAUCGUUACUUUCAUUAACUCUCCAGGUUGGGUGAAAGGUUUUGGUGCUGAAGUUAUCUCACAUAUUGUGUCCUCCAUACACAUAAGCCAUUUAAUCCAACUUUCAGAUCAAUCAAGGGACUUGGAUAUAUUGAGAGAAACAAAUUGGGACAAAAACACAAGUAUUAUAAAACUGACGUCCAUAAAUGGAUCCAAUAUGCCUUCAAAUCCGUAUUCACCAUCGGUAAUUAAGAAUUUUAAAUUAAUAACUUAUAUGCAUUACAAUAGGGAAACUAACAAUUAUGAUUUCAACCCGUUAAUUUUAAAGCCCCCAUUUCGAAUCCCAUAUACUCCUUCUAAUAAGAGGAUAGACCAGUUACUAGACUUCAAAGGUGUCAUGGGCAUAUCAAUUUACGAUUCGUUGGGAUUGCUGCCAGACGAUGUUCCCAAUGCACUGGAAGCACAAUAUGUAUCAUUGAUUACUGUUGCUAAAUCUGAAAUAAGGGCAAAACUUCAAGCUUUGAAUAACCAUAGCCGAUUUAUGUCAACUUCUGUUCCAAAUAUUAUCGACGAAUCUGUCAUUCAAAGCCUGGAUUCAAAUUUCCAUGGACUGGCGAUUAUACACUCUGUGGAUAAAAAGAAUAAGUUAUUCAACAUUUAUACGCAGGCUGAUACAACAACGAUAUCUGAACUAGUUAUUCAGAAGGACCAAGUUCUAAUCAUGGUCAAGGGAAGACAGGCUGUACCGUUAGAGGAAAUGUAUAGCAUUUCAAUCACUAAAGAAGAGGCACAAUAUUGGGACAGUUUUGGUUUUCGGUGCUUACCUUACAUCAGCCCAACUCUCAGUAAUGAAGGUGUGGGCGGAAAGCCUGUCAGUAUUCGAAGAAACAUUCAGCGAAGGUGA